AAUAUAGUUUCUGUAAACCCAGUUAAUGAAAAAAUUUUCCUCAAUGUUUGCAAGGAUUUGGAUAUAGAUCUGAUCUCAUUCGAUUUGACACAACGUUUACCUUUCAUACCAAAACGAACUGCAAUUAAUUUAGCAAUGCAAAAGGGAAUUUCUUUUGAAUUAAAUAUUGAAGGUAUGAUGAGAGAUCAUACAACAAAACGUAAUGUUAUUUCAAAUGCUAGCAUACUUGUCGAACUGUGUCACGGAAGAAAUAUUGUGUUGUCCAAUGGGUCCAGGGAUGUGUUUCAUUUGAGGGGACCUUAUGAUUUAAUUAAUGUUGCUUAUCUUUUCGGUUUGAAUAAAGAAGAAGCUAGAAAUUCCUUGACAACAAAUCCAAGUUAUAUGCUAAAACACAGUCUUGCAAGAAAAUAUGUUAAAAGUGUAGUU